UGCAAGCAAUCGAAUUCGCAAUAAGUUAAGUUAAAGUUAACAGCCUUGAAAAUUGAACUUGGUUGAGAUACAAGUUAAUCCACGAUAAAAUUAAUUGAAUUGACAGUUAAGUCAAUAACAAAAGGCGCCGGUGGUCGCGAGUGCUACACUCCCGACGUCGGGGAACGGACGUUCUCCGAAAGGUUAGUACGCGGAAGCGCCCGAGGUCGUCGGAUCGACGUUGUUGCGCGCGCGUUGCGCUGUGUCGCCGCGCCGUAACGCCGUGUGUUUACGACGCACGUACGAAGAGAGAGACAGGUCUCCGUGGCGCAUCGGCGUUCGCCGUCAUUUCCAUGGGCGCGACACGUGGCACGCGACUGGGGACCCCACGUGGACUUUACGCAACCCGGGACAAUUGGGGAUAACUGAUCGACGCGUCCGCCCGACGAGACCCCGACCGGCCCGUCCGUCGUCCUGGAUGACACGCCGACGGGACUUCGCCGCGCGGGGCCGACAAAUCGGGGCGAGCCGCGGAGAGGUUAGGCCAGAGGUGUCACGUGCGUUCGAGACUGCCAGGAGCGGGAAGGAGCGCGCGGCCGGUAACGAUUGACGGCACUUUCUCGGGAUCGUCCGAUCGAGCGAGCCAACGGAGUAUCUCGGUACAGUCAUGUUAUGCUAUUUAUACAAUUAUUUACGGCGCGAGGGGGAGGCCGCUCUGCGUUGAACACGCUUAGGAGAAUUUCUGCCGCGGUAGCGCGGUAAUGCGUCACUAUCUCGCCGCCAAAGUCGUCUAUUAGAGAAGGGAAGGAGUAGAUUUGUGGGCCCAGGAUUUCCACGUCGAGCCCGGGAGAAACGAGGAGACUAUGGCGGACCCGACCUUGUUCUCGGAGCACGUCAACAGCGCCAAGCUCCAGAAGGAGUUCCAAAGGCACUGGCACUCCCGCAGCGAUUUUAAGACCGCCAACCUGGAGAUCGUAUCGAGACCCUUUAAAGUGUGCAGGAUAUCGAACUUCUUGAGGGACGAGAGCGUCUUGGAGGACUUGAAGAGCGAAUUGGAGCGUCACAAGCAUACGAGGAAAGUCCUCGAUCUCUAUCAGUUUGAGAAAACCGAGGACCUGUGCUCUGCCGCCGACAAGUGCAUUCAGAGGCUGAACCGAGCCUUCUGCACGGACCUGGUAAAGUGGAUGCAGCGAAACAUGAGCAUCGAGCUAAACGGAAAUGUCUCGAUGUCGAGCGCCCGUUACCGCGAUACGGACCGCUUGUUGUGUCACGACGACAACAUGGACGACCGAAGGAUCGCUUACAUAUUGUAUCUGACCAAAGACUGGUCGCAGGAGGACGGCGGCGCCUUGGAUAUCUUCGACACGGACGAGGAAGGCUGGCCCAGAGAGAUAGUAAGGUCGUUAAUCCCAGAGUACAAUUCGUUCGUCUUCUUCGAAGUGGAGGACAAUUCCUACCAUCAAGUAGCCGAGGUGUUGACGGACAAGUGCAGGUGGUCGCUCAACGGUUGGUUUCACGGCCGGCUAGGGACGAGUCUCCACAAGUUGGCGAGAACCAGCGAGCCGGCGAGGGCCUUGGUGCAACCGAGCCCCACCGAGGUGCAGUUGCACUCCUGGAUCCCCGCCCAAUACCUGACGCCCGGCAUAAUGGAGCAGAUUCACGAGGACGUCGAGAUGCUGUCUUACACGCUUCUCAAGGGCUUCCUGAAGGAGUCCGCGUACCGGCGAGUCGCGAGUGAACUGACGUCGCGGGAUAUCAGCUGGCGGAUGAUCGGCCCACCGGACAUGCGUCGCUACGAGACAGCCGACGAGCAGACCUUGCCGGAGCCGCUCAAAGACUUCUGCGAUCUAUUCAGGUCUAUCUCCUUCUUUCGGUUGCUGGCGAAAUACACGGGGCUCGACCUGGUGCCCGAGGAGACCAAGAGACCGAAAGUGACGCUGGAGUUACAGAGGUGGUCGUCGGGCUGUUACACGUUGCUGUACGACAGAUCGCUGUUGGAAGACACAGACGAGUCGACGAACAUCGACGAUAACGUGAGCACCACCGCAGUGGCGUCGACCUCGGGUGUCUCGACCAGUGAGACCGACGUGGACGUGGUGGGGCGGAGUCGGGAGUUGAAGAGGGGACGAAUCGACGACUCUCCUUCCUCAGCGGAUUCGCCCGACAAGAAAAAACGGCACCCGGACAGUGACAGCCAAUCGGACGUUGACGCGGAGUGUUCGAGUAAGCACGAACGUGACACGGACACGGACGAGAUGUCUUCUUCAGACGAGAGGUUGUCUAGUAGCGGCACAUCAGCCAGUAGCAACGAGUGCGAUCUCAACACGGUUGAUCCUUUUGGGGCCAUGAUUAAGAGGUUUAUCAGGAAGGACGAUCCUCUCAGUGAGGACGAGUCUGUCAGUAAGGAUGGCGACUUCCUGCUCGACGUGAUAAUUCAGUUCCAUGUCGAGGAUGCCAAAGGCAUACCGAAGACGGAGGACACGAUAGACUUCGUGGAUCCUGGCAAGCAGGACGGUACUCUGAUCCAGAUCCCGACGCGGGACAACCAUUUAUGUCUAGUCUACAGAUCAGCCAUGGUGUCCCGUCUUCAAAAGUACCUCAAUCAUUUCUACGAUGGCUAUUCUUACACCUUCGUGUGCACAUAUUAUGAAUAGUACAAUUCUUUAGUCGAAUCAACAUCAUUCUGUUGAGAGAGAUCGAUGUUCGUGUUUCAAGCCCGGCGUGACCGUUGCUUUUACAGUCGACAUAUUUUCGGAGAGACGAGCAACAGUCUCUUUACGAAUGAAAAGAGGGGUUUUCCUUUUAAACUAAUGUUCGUAUUUUAACGUAUUCACCGGUGCCCAUCACGCGCGCCAACGUAGAUCGCCUAUCUCUCCGCGAUUUUUCUUGUUACAGAAAAACUUACAAAAGGCGCGCACGCACGUUAAUUAUAUUUUUUAUGGAAGCUGCUAAUUUAAGUGGUGGAUAAUACAAUUUCCGAAAGAAAAUGUACAAGGGCGACGUGUUCGUAAAAGUGUUCAACCGCAAAUUUUAACUUCAACUAGGUAUAUAUAUGUUUAUUAGAAAAGUAUUUCUUUGAUAUUUAGGAUUUAGUGUAUAUAUAUAUAUAUAUAUAUAUAUGUUUGAAAUAUGAAAUGUACAUCACAAAAGACAUUUCCACAAUGAUCGCGAGUUGCUUUAUCGGCGAAUAUUAAAGAACAGGAAGAGAAAUCGUUUUGUAAAAUUGUGAACGUGAAACGAAUGAUCCAUUUAGCGAUUAAUACGUUCUAAAUGCUCUCCGAUUGAUUUUUUUGUAUAAUUGAAUAUAGUACCCCCAUUUUAAUAAGUUUAUUGUCACGUUCGCGGUAAGUUUUGUCAAAGCUGCCGACAACAGAUUUACGAUCGAGAUACUUGGGUAUCUCGAGAAUAAUUCCUACUUGCGAUAUCAAACGAGAGAUUUCCGUGCACAGAUAUAUAUAUAUAUGUGUGUGCGUGUGCGCGCGCGCGCGCGCGCGUGUG